AUGACGCUCUUCAUUCUCACCGAGACCAGCGCGGGCUAUGCCCUGCUCAAGGCCAAGGACAAGAAGCUCCUCAAGCGCGAUGACCUCGCGACGGAGGCUGCUACUGCGGAGGGUAUCUCGAAUCUGUUGAAAUUGAAGAGUUUCCAGAAGUUCGACAGCGCCGCAACAGCUCUGGAGGAGGCCGCGUCGGUCAUGGAGGGCAAGGUCACCCCUCGCCUGGCUUCGCUUCUCGACGACAUCAAGGAGGAGAAGAAGGUCUCGCUCGCCGUUGCAGACCCUAAGCUUGGAACCGCCAUUGGCAAGCUGCCCGGUCUCUCCAUUCAAUUGGUCGCCGACUCUUCUACCGCCGACGUCUACCGUGCUAUCCGUGAGCACCUGACCUCCCUGAUCCCCGGCCUGAUGCCUAACGACAUGUCCACCAUGUCGCUGGGUCUGUCACACUCGCUCGCCCGUCAUAAGCUCAAGUUCUCGCCCGACAAGAUCGAUACCAUGAUCGUCCAGGCUAUCGGUCUUUUGGAUGAUCUCGACAAGGAGCUGAACACCUAUGCUAUGCGUGUGAAGGAAUGGUACGGCUGGCACUUCCCCGAGCUGGCCAAGAUCCUCAACGACAACAUCGCCUACGCCAAACUUGUCCUGAAGAUGGGCAUGCGGACCAACUGGGAGACCGCCGACCUCGCCGAGAUUCUGCCCGAGGAAAUCGAGGGCGCCGUCAAGGCCGCUGCGGACCGGUCGAUGGGUACUGAGAUCAGCGAGGAGGAUCUGGAAAACAUCCAGGCUCUGGCCGAGCAGGUUGUUGGCUUCGCCGACUACCGCCAGCAACUGGCCGGCUACCUGACCGCGCGAAUGAACGCCAUUGCGCCGAACCUGACAGCCCUCGUUGGAGACCUGGUCGGUGCGCGCCUCAUCGCCCACGCCGGCAGCUUGACCAAUCUGUCCAAGAGCCCUGCCAGUACCAUUCAGAUUCUGGGUGCCGAGAAGGCCCUCUUCCGCGCUCUGAAGACCAAGCACGAUACCCCCAAGUACGGUCUGAUCUACCACGCAUCCCUGAUCGGUCAGGCAACGGGCCGCAACAAGGGCAAGAUGGCCCGUAUCCUUGCCGCCAAGGCCUCGCUGGGUCUCCGCGUUGACGCCCUGGCUGAGUGGGAGGAGGGCACCACGGAAGAGGAGAAGGCUGCCCUGGGCACCGAAGCGCGCUUCAACCUCGAGCGCAAGCUUGCCGGCAUGGAAGGCAAGCCGAUGAAGCCACGCGGUGUGACCAUCGCACCCGACGGCGCGACUCCCGCAGCCCCGAAGUUCGAUCUGAAGGAGGCCCGGAAGUACAACCCCGAUGCCGAUGCGCUCGCUAGCGAGGAGCCCGCCGCCGCCAAGAAGUCCAAGAAGGAGAAGAAAAAGCUGGUGCAGGAGGUUGAGGACGAGGAGAUGGCCGAUGCCUCCUCGGACGAGGAAGAGCCCCAGGUGAACGGUGCAGCAGACUCGUCAUCUGACGAGAGCGAUGCGCCCAAGAAGUCCAAGAAGAGCAAGAGCAAGGACUCCAAACUGGAAGCGCUGGCCGAGAAGGCCGGCCUCAGCGUUAAGCGGUACCAGCGGAAGCUCGAGCGCGGCGAGAUUACCUUCGAUGCGGCCGGGAACCCGUCUGCGAUCAGCAAAAAGGACCUGAAGAAGGCCAAGAAGGAUGCGAAGAAGGCCAGCAAGGAAGACGGCAAGAAGCGCAAGCGCAGUGAUGACGGAGAGGAUGAGAAGAAGAAGAAGAAGAAGAGCAAGGGCGAGUAA